AUGUGGCGUGAAUUUUUUACUAUUACAGCUAUAUGCUUUUUAUCUGAAGCCCUUCCCCUGGAAAAACGCUUUCUGAUGUUAUUUGGACACCAAUACAACAAUCCCGGUGAUAUGACGAACGAGUUUUCCGGAAAUACAGGUGGAAGUAGCAAUGUUGGAAAUACCGGAAAUAGUGGCACUUCCGGUUCACAAAACAUCAAUAGUAUACCGGGCGACGCAACACAUUACCUUGAUAAUACGCACAGCUAUUAUCAUGCUAUGUCAGGUGGAAAUGCUGGUUAUGUUCAACAUGCCGGAAACAGUGGGCCAGCUUUCGCUUCCCAGAGUUCUUCUACUGGUCACGGAACCGAUCAUCUUCCGGGAAAAUGUCCGUGGAUCGGCUGUUCCUUUGAUUGCCAGGAUAUCGAUAGUGUAACGGGAUGUAUCAUCUGUAUCAAUGGAUGCUCAUCUUCUUCAUCUGGUGUAAAUGCCAACGGAGGAUCCGGAAGUUCAUCGAAUACCGGAAAUAGUGUUAGCACAGGUCCUGGACAAUUGGCGGGAGGAAGUAACUCGGUGAAUGGAAAUCAAACAGGAAAUGGUACUGGACAAAUUGUAGGGACAACCACUGGUGGUAACAACCCUAAUAAUGGGUCUGUUCAUCAAAAUGGCGGAGGAGCAGGAACCAACACUGGCAGUGCUCCUUCGACAUGUCCACCAUUUCCUGUCAACUGUCCCAGAGGAAGCGCCAUGAUGGUCAAUGGCUGUCCGGAAUGCAACGUGAUGACGACGACUGUUGCCAUGGUUCACCGAGCCACGUGCCAACCUACUCGGUGUGUAGCGCCUUGUAACAAAGGAGUCUCUAUUGACGUCACGACCGGAUGUCCUGUUUGUAUUUGUUAG